CUAUAUCUAUACUUACACUAUUUCGUGCCGGUGAUACAUACAUACAUUUGCAAAAGUGACAGUAAUGUUGGUUAUUUAAAACUUAUCUUUUCAUUUUCAGUGAGUGCACUUUAUUACAGUGAUGAUUUUACUUGAGAUUAAUAAUAGAAUUCUAGAAGAAACAUUAACUAAUAAAAUAAAAAAUGCCUUGUCAGGCCACAAGCCUGAAUCUAUUGACAUUACAAUUGCUGACUUCGAUGGAGCUCUGUUUCAUGUUUCAAACUUUAGUAAAGACAAGUCAAAAAUUAGAAUUAGUAUAUUACUUAAAUUCUAUAAACAGCUACAAGAGCACGGUGCAGAUGAAUUGCUAAAAAGAGAAUAUGGCUCUUAUUUAACUGAACCAGAAAGUGGUUAUAAUGUGACUGUGCUAAUAGACUUGGAUAAUUUAAAUGACGACUGGGAAUCGUUGAUCAAAAAGAUAGGCCUGCUUAAAAGACACUGUUUUGCAAGUGUUUUUGAAAAAUAUUUUGAUUUUCAAGAAUAUUAUUUUGAUUCACAUGAGGCCGGUAUAAAAAUGCACAAAAGAGCAGUUAUUGAAUAUCGAGAUCAAGAGUAUAUGUAUGUGGAAGCAAAAAGUGAUAGAGUCACUGUUGUCUUUAGUACUAUAUUCAAAGACGAAGAUGAUAUGGUUAUUGGGAAAAUGUUUUUACAAGAAUUGAAAGAAGGACGAAGAGCAAGUCAUACAGCACCACAAGUUCUAUUCAGUCAUCGUGAACCUCCACUUGAGUUACAAGAUGCUGGAGCUCCAAUUAAUGAUUGCAUAGGAUAUAUAACAUUUGUUUUGUUUCCUAGACAUACAAGCAGAGAAGCUCGUAACAACACAAUAGAUUUAAUUCACAUGUUCAGGCAUUAUCUACAUUAUCAUAUAAAAUGUAGUAAAGUUUACAUUCAUUCAAGAAUGCGAACUAAAACUACUGACUUUUUAAAAGUAUUAAAUCGUGCAAGAUCACAACCAAAAACUACAGAAAAGAAGACUAUUACUGGACGGACAUUCAUCAGAAAAGAGUAGCAGUGAAAAAUAUGAAGGAUUUGAUUUAACUUGUCAGAUUGUCAUUUUGAUAUAUAUGAAUACUUCUCAUCUGCGAUAAUAAAAAUGUGCAUUUGUAUUCUAGAUGAAGAAGAAAGAAUUUUGCAAUGAGAAAGUAUAUAUAGACAUGGUAAUAAUGUAUUACCAAGAAACCAUGUCAAAAUUGAAAAUUAAAGUUUUUAUUUACGAAAAAUA